AUGGUGUCUUUCUUUCCUCUCGCAUCAGUUGCUUUCGAUUUAUCCCAUUGUUUCUGUUUCCCUGAAGCAGACGAUAACUUCUUUCUUUCUUUCUUUCCUUCUUUCUUUCUUUCUUUCUUUCUUUCUUUCUUUCUUAUAUUUCACUGUAGACGAAAAGUAUCCGAUAGCUUUAUUCUUUCUUUCUUUCUUUCUUUCUUUCUUUCUUUCUUUUAUUUCACUUUUUUAUUAUUUCUUUCUUUCUUUCUUUCUUUCUUUCUUUCUUUCUUUCUUUUUUCUUACUUUUACUGUAGACGAAAAGUACCCGAUAGCUUUUAUUAUUUCUUUCUUUCUUUCUUUCUUUCUUUCUUUCUUUCUUUCUUUCUUUCUUUCUUUUAUUUCACUGUAGACGAAAAGUACCCGAUAGCUUUAUUAUUUCUUUCUUUCUUUCUUUCUUUCUUUCUUUCUUUCUUUCUUUCUUUCUUAUAUUUCACUGUAGACGAAAAGUAUCCGAUAGCUUUAUUCUCUCUUUCUUUCUUUCUUUCUUUCUUUCUUUCUUUCUUUCUUUCUUUAUUUCUUUCUUUCUUUCUUUCUUUCUUUCUUUUAUUUCACUGUAGACGAAAAAAAGUAUCCGAUAGCUUUAUUUCUUUCUUUCUUUCUUUCUUUCUUUCUUAUAUUUCACUGUUUCCGAUAGCUUUAUUCUUCUUUCUUUCUUUCUUUCUUUCUUUCUUUCUUUCCUUUCUUUCUUUUUCUUUUAUUUCUGUAGACGAAAAACGAAAAGUACCCGAUAGCUUUAUUAUUUCUUUCUUUCUUUCUUUCUUUCUUUCUUUCUUUCUUUCUUUCACUGUAGACGAUAAGUACCCGAUAGCUUUAUUCUUUCUUUCUUUCUUUCUUUCUUUCUUUCUUUCUUUCUUUCUUUCUUUCUUUCUUUCUUUCUUUCUUUCUUUAUUUGCAACAAUUUCUUCUUCUUCUUCUUCUUCUUCUUCUUCUUCUUCUUCUUCUUCUUCUUCUCCCCCCUUUAUUCAUUAUAAUAUGGUUUUAUAUAUGUUUGUCCUUUCUUUCUUUCUUUCUUUCUUUCUUCUUUCGUUCGUUUUCUUUUUUCUUUUUCUUUCUUUCUUUCGUUCGUUCGUUCGUUCUUCCUUCCUUUCUUUCUUUCUUUCUUUCGUUCUUUCUUUCUUUCUUUCUUCCUUCCUUCCUUCCUUUCUUUCUUUCUUUCUUUCUAACGAUAGAUGCCACCUCCUUUCUUUCUUUUCGAUAGUGUUGUCUUUCUUCAUUUUUUGUUCUUUUUUCUAUAUAUCAUUGUCUUUAUCUCCCUCUUUCUUUCUUUCUUUUUUCUUUCUUUCUUUCUUUCUUUCUUUCUUUCUUUCUUUCUUUCUUUCUUUCUUUCUUUCUAACAGAUUACGAUCUUUUCUUCCUUCUUUCUUUUUCCCAUACAUUAUUGUCUUUCUUCCUUUCCUUCUAAUACAUUAUUGUCUUUUUUCUCAUAUUACUCACUCCCUCUCCUCUUUCUAUUCCUCUUCAUGCUGA